UGACGCAUCGGGAGCGACGGACAGAAACGAUGGAUGGUUACGCUGCUUGGGUCUCGGCACGUUCGAAUUGGCAAAGUUCCGAAUUUGUCGCUGUGUUUUGUACGCUUGUGCGCUCGUCAUUUGCCGUCAUCGCGCGGAGAUAUUUGCGCUGGAUGUCUUUCACUUCGUGUACAAAACUCUGCACGCUGCGGCAUCGAAGAAGUUGUCCUGUGUUUGGGUGCACGUAUGCGCUUGGACACGGAUAUAUCCUGCUUGCUCUCAACGGGUGUUCAACAGUCUACGCGCACUCGUAACUUGCUCAUGAGGCAAGUUGCUGUUGUGCUGGAGCUGAGAAGAGGUCUGCUGCCUGCAAUGGGUCCAUCUCUCUCAAGUUAUCGCAGUAUUGUAGCUCUCAAAGUUCAAAAAAGUAUGGUGGAAGCUGUUGCCAAGGUUCCGACCAGAAAAGACAGCCAGUAUAAAAGGGUCCACACCACUGAUCUCUACUACAGGGGAUGGACAGCACAUCGAGCACCCUCGACUGAAGCCAACCUUGUCCCGGAAGUUGGUGCUUCACAACUUUGCGGCAGCACUUCGUUUGCACGGCCUGUGGAGACAAGGUUUCUUAGACAUGGCCAUGGCCCUCAAGGAAGAUGCCGAGGCCACAGGCAGUUCCUCCAGUGACCGUGAAAAGGUCCCCUGGGGCACAAGUCUAAUUUGGCACCCCUACCUUUCUCCUACAGCUUUUCUGUCUACUUAGCUAACCAGCAGCAAGUUUAUCCUUGCAAGCAUUUUGGGUCAAGAACAACUUUCACCAGGAAGAAGUGCAAGACGAGUGAUUGAAGAAAAUAAAGUUGCUUCUGUGAUCUAAGAA